AUGCAGAUCAAAGCAGACAGGCUGGCCUGGCUCCUCACCGUUCCUGCAAGUUUUGUCUCCCGUUAUCACACCGAAUCCGGGCCUUCUCCCGUGAACUGCUUUCCGAUCACUGGCAUCGUGCUCCUGAAAGAUGAGUGGCUGGAGCGAUGCAGGAGGAGUGGGAGCCCCCCGCAGCCGAGGGAGAGCUGCACCCAGGUGGCUGUAGUCGAGAGGCAAAGCAGCCGGUGCUUGGAUGCAACAAAGAAAAAGUCCCAGAGUAAGCUUCUAGAAAUACUGACUUCUCCAAAGGAUGCGAUGAAGUGGAUUCACGCACAUGAAGCCUCACAUCACCAACAGCAGGCAGCACAGAACAGUUUGUUGCCUCUCCUGAGCUCUGCUGUUGAGCCACCCGAUCAGAAGCCGAUUCUGCCCUUACCAAUAACGCAGAAACCUCAGCCUGCACCAGAAACAUUAAAGGAUGCUAUUGUUGGGAUUAAAAAGGAAAAACCUAAAACCUCCUUUGUGUGCACUUACUGCAGCAAAGCUUUCAGGGACAGCUACCAUUUGAGGCGUCACGAGUCCUGCCACACAGGGAUAAAGUUAGUGUCUCGGCCAAAGAAAACUCCCACCACAAUGGUGCCCCUUAUCUCGACCAUCGCUGGUGACAACAGCCGAAGUUCAUUGGUUUCGACUAUCGCAGGCAUCCUGUCCACGGUCACGACGUCUUCCUCUGCCACCAACCCCAGCAGUAGUGCCGGCGCCACGGCUAUGCCAGUGACUCAGACAGUGAAGAAGCCCAGCAAGCCCGUAAAGAAGAACCACGCUUGCGAGAUGUGCGGAAAGGCCUUCAGGGAUGUCUACCAUCUCAACCGGCACAAGCUGUCCCACUCAGAUGAAAAACCCUUUGAAUGUCCCAUUUGCAAUCAGCGCUUCAAGAGAAAGGAUCGCAUGACCUACCACGUGAGGUCUCACGAGGGUGGCAUCACGAAACCGUACACCUGUGGUGUUUGUGGAAAAGGCUUCUCGAGGCCUGAUCAUUUAAGCUGUCACGUUAAACAUGUUCACUCAACAGAGAGACCCUUCAAAUGCCAAACGUGCACUGCUGCCUUUGCCACCAAAGACAGACUGCGGACACACAUGGUGCGCCAUGAAGGAAAGGUAUCGUGUAAUAUCUGUGGUAAACUUCUGAGUGCAGCAUAUAUCACCAGCCACUUAAAGACACACGGGCAGAGCCAAAGUAUCAACUGUAAUACCUGUAAACAAGGCAUCAAUAAAACAUGCAUGAGUGAAGAGACCAGCAAUCAGAAGCAGCAACAGCAGCAGCAACAACAGCAACAACAACAACAACAGCAGCAACAGCAACAACAACAACAGCAGCAACAGCAGCAGCAGCAACAGCAGCAGCAGCAGCAACACGUAACAAGUUGGCCUGGAAAGCAGGUAGAGACCCUGAGAUUAUGGGAAGAGGCCGUCAAAGCGAGAAAGAAAGAAUGUCAGUUCACCUUUGAGAAGGCUAUAGAGUACGUACCAUUCGAAGCUGCUAACUUGUGCCAAACCUCCACUGCUGCUACUACGCCUGUGACUCUUACUACUCCAUUCAAUAUAACGUCCUCUGUGGCUUCUGGGACUAUCACAAACCCAGUCACAGUGGCAGCUGCAAUGAGCAUGAGAAGUCCAGUAAAUGUAUCAAGUGCAGUUAAUAUAUCCAGUCCGAUGAACCUAGGGCAUCCUGUAACUAUAACAAGUCCAUUAUCCAUGACAUCUCCAUUAACGCUCACCACACCAGUCAAUUUACCCACCCCAGUAACCGCUCCAGUGAAUAUAGCACAUCCAGUCACUAUAACAUCUCCCAUGAACCUCCCCACACCGAUGACGUUAGCUGGUCCCUUAAAUAUAGCGAUGAGACCAGUAGAGAGCAUGCCUUUCCUGCCCCAGGCCUUGCCCACGUCUCCUCCCUGGUAAAGAAUUUCUAAACAGUAUUAAAAAGGAUUAAAAUGGAAUCCUUACCAGCAGUUCCUUUUUGGGCUUUGUUUGGUUGGGGUUUUUUUUUACUGUUUUUUUUGUUGUUGUUGGUUUUUGUUUUGUUUUAGUUAAUAAUAAAUUCAGACUAAGACACUGGGGCAACAUGCACCAUCAGAGACCAUAGUAGCAUCUUCCCCUGUUGAUCUGGCUCAUGUGGUUCAAACUUGAGUUUCACUGGAGCACUUCAUUUAAAGUAAGUUUUACCUUUUAGCUGACUGAUGCUGAAUUAGAGCAGAUACUUAUUUGCCAGAGUUAAA